CAGCUGAGAGGAAAUAAAUGAACGUGGUUUCGUCAUUGAAGCAUCAGUGUGAUAAAAAGAAAGUGUGAUAAAACAUUAGAGGAGAAACAUCCUGCACUCACUGUGGUCUCACUGUGGUCUCACUGUGGUCUGUACUCUAACCCUUUGUCGCCGGUCAGUGGAGAUUUAACUUUGAAAAUGAGGAGCAGGAAGUGCUCACGUGCAGCAUGAGCGCAACAUCCCGACACUUGUCUAGACUUAGACUGUCUGUUUUCCACAACAACAGGUUAUCAGUAUGGCUUCAUGGAUUAUUCAGAUGACUGUGAUGGUGCUGUCUGUCUUCAUCAGCAGUAGCCAUGGGAAGAGAGACAAGGUGCUCUACUGUUCUGCCUGCAAAGCGAUUGUGGAUGAAAUGAACUAUUCAGUCAGUCAAGUGGACCCAAAGAAAACCAUCAACGUGGGCGGCUUUCGACUCAACCCUGAUGGAACCAUGCAAGAUAAAAAGGUACCUCUGGCUCGUUCUGAGGCUCACCUCACUGAGCUGCUGGACGGUGUGUGCAGCAGCAUGAGUGAUUACGCGCUCCAUGUGGACCCCAACACUCGGCGUAAACAGUACAUGAGGUUUGCUCCCAGGAGCGACAGAGACACGGGGGACUUCCCUGACUUCAACAACUUCCAGUUCGAUGGACCUGAAACAUCCAACGGUCUGAAAUUUGCAUGUGAAACCGUCGUGGAGGAGCUGGAGGACGACAUCAUCUCUCUGUUCAGUCAGGACACAGAGAGUGUGCAGGAGGAGUUAUGCAGCCGAGUCUCAGACUACUGCAGAGACGACAGUCAUAAAAACCAGGAGUUCUAGUGUUUUUAUGGGUUCAGUGGAUGAAGGUGGGACUAACUUUGUACAGAGAUUGUAUAAAAGAACCUCAUUUUUAAUCCGAUUUUCACAAAUCAUUGACAAUCUUUUUUUAAUGAAUAAAAAGAGAUGUUUUAAGAAUGGA